GCUUUACUAGUAAGCAUAUAUGAUGCAGUGUUUGUACGGAAUUCAUUUUUUCAUACUUUUCUCAGUCGUCUCGCAAAUAUUUUGCGAUGACCAGGUCAAAAAAGGUGAAAUUUCAACAUAUAAUCACAGCACCACCAUCAAAGCUUACAACAUUGGAGUAGAAUUAGGAAUAAUAAGUACCGAAAAGUAUACAUUUGAUUCAUUCCUAAACGAUGAAAAAAAUAUAUUCAAACCCUUAUAUGAAGAAUACAAAGCAACGAAUGGCACAGAACCGAUUAACUAUGAAGAUUGGCUAAUCGUGAACAAUUAUGGAAUUCUGAGCGACACCCAAGAAUCUUUAUUUCAGAAGAAGAUUUCAAAACGGAGUACCGCAGAUAAUAAAAGAAGAUUCGUAAAUUUGGUUAAGAAAGGAGAUAUUUUAAUAACUGGAAGAGGAAUAGGGGGUUUAGUUGGACAUGCUGCUAUAAUGACAACUGACUAUUGGGUGUUAGAAAUGCCGGGAGGUAAAGGUUGGGAGAACGGGAUAAGAGACAACAACAGACAAGUUCCUAAACACAAAUGGUUUGAUCAACACGCAUCUGACUGGACUACCGUAUAUCGCAACAGAGAUGCUUCAGUCGCUCGACAAGCUGCGGAUUGGGCCGAUAGAACAUAUUACAAUCCGUCAGGUGGCGCCACUAAAACGAAACAUAUAACAUACAAGAUCAGUACAGACAUUUGGUCUACUAACCCCAGCUAUUGCUCCAAACUUGUUAUACAAGCAUAUUACUUUGGAACGGGAAAGAAGAAAGUUAUACGUGAUUUAUCUAUUGUGGGAAGAAUAAUCGUUCCUUCGACAAUACCGAACUACUUUUUACCGCCGUACACGUUGGUGAAUAAAGGAAAAUAUUGAAAUAGUUUUUUCUUGUUUUCUUGAUUGUCGUUUAGGAGAAAAGUAGCUUGAAUUUUAGUUCAUAGAACAUUUAUUAUAAAAGUAUUUAUAUAGCAUUAAACGUUAUUGAAAUAAAAUAAAUUUAUAU